AAGAGGGGAAGAGGGGAGGGGAAGCUGGAAAAGGCCACCUUAUUUAACUCCAAGAGAGAUGGCUUGUGCACGGUCAGGCGGUCGCCAGUUUAACAUGCUCGCAGCUGAGAUUGAUGCCUUUUCCAUCAUGGUCAUCGUGCGGUUCGAGGAAACGAUCCCGUCCAGUAUGCACACACCGCCAUCGCGAGCCGGCGAGGCAGAAGCCAUGAUUCCCCAAACCAUUUUUUUCGGUUCCGUGGGCACUGGGCAGUCUCAUGUUUGCUAUUAUCCCGUGCGACCCACGGUGAAGAAGAUUGACGACCUCUUAUUCAAGAUCCGCCACUCCCGAAAUAUCAACGGCGUGUUCUGUCAGUUGCCCCUCUUUGAGCCACCUAUUAUUGACCCUGCCCUGUUAGUCCAGGCAGCUGCGCAAGGCGUUUUUCGCUCAGCAACCUUAUUUCAAAUCUUAAUGCGCUAAUGUCCAACCUACAGUUUCACUUUCCAUUACAGAAGGUUCUAGACAUGGGGAAUGGGGUAAAAUCUCUAGGCCAGGCUCUACUUACAGCGCGCGAGAAGGCUAGUAAAGAGGCAUUGUUUAAGAGCUUUGAUCUGGGUACCCCAACCAAAAGUCGGCGUACAAUGGGAGCAAAAUGUCUUGCGCCAUAUCACGGCCCAGUCAACCUGAGGAAACAGGGUUGCAGUAAUCAUCGCUUAAUUCGUA